AUGGAGAAUUUAAUUCAGAGAAAAUUCUUUAUGUUUCUAUUAUUCCUUUGGUUUUAUUCAGUCAAUGCCUCUGUGAGCUACGAUAACAAAGCCAUUCUUGUUAAUGGACAGAGAAAACUUUUAUUUUCUGGAUCCAUUCAUUAUCCAAGAAGUACACCUGAGAUGUGGCCAGAUCUUAUUCAAAAAGCUAAAGAUGGAGGGAUAGAUGUUAUACAGUCUUAUGUAUUUUGGAAUGGACACGAACCUUCUCCUGGCAAGUAUUAUUUUGAAGAUAGGUAUGAUUUGGUUAAGUUCAUCAAGCUGGUGCAACAAGCUGGCCUUUAUUUUCAUCUUCGUAUUGGUCCCUACGCAUGUGCUGAAUGGAACUUAGGAGGAUUUCCAGUUUGGCUUAAGUAUGUUCCAGGAAUGGAAUUCAGAACAGAUAAUGAGCCUUUCAAGGCAGCAAUGUAUAAAUUUACAACUAAGAUUGUUGACAUGAUGAAGGCAGAGAAAUUGUUUCAAACUCAGGGAGGUCCAAUCAUUCUUUCUCAGAUUGAAAAUGAGUAUGGGCCAGUGGAAUGGGAAAUUGGUGCUCCUGGACAAGCUUACACCAAAUGGUUUUCUCAAAUGGCUGUUGGUUUAAAUACCGGCGUCCCGUGGAUUAUGUGCAAGCAAGAAGAUGCUCCUGAUCCUAUCAUUGAUACUUGCAAUGGUUACUAUUGUGAAAACUUCAAGCCCAACAAGAACUAUAAACCCAAAAUGUGGACUGAGAAUUGGAGUAGCUGGUACACAGAGUUUGGCGGUGGAGUUCCACGUAGAUCGGCAGAAGACAUGGCAUUCUCUGUUGUAAGAUUUGUACAAAAUGGUGGCACAUUUGUUGACUACUAUAUGUAUCAUGGAGGAACUAACUUUGAUCGAACAUCUGGCGGGCCUUUCAUUGCCACAAGCUAUGACUUUGAUGCUCCCAUUGAUGAAUUUGGACUUUUGAACGAACCAAAAUGGGGACAUUUGAAAUUUUUGCACAAAGUAAUUAAGCAAUGUGAACCAGUUUUACUGUCGGCGGAUUCCACAGUUUAUUGGCCUGGAAAAAACUUGGAGGUACAUGUUUUCAAACCAAAAACUGGCGAUUGUGUCGCUUUCCUUGGGAAUUACGACACCAAAUCUUCUGCAACAAUAAAAUUUGGAAAUGGACAAUAUGACAUACCACCUUGGUCUAUUACCAUUCUUCCUGACUGCAAAACUGCAGUUUUCAAUACUGCCAAGGUUGGUAUUCAAUCCCCAAUGAAGAUGAUUGCUACAAAUACUCCAUUUACUUGGCAAUCAUAUAAUGAAGAACCAUCAUAUUCCACUGUUAAUGAUUCUUUCACAGCAUAUACAUUAUGGGAGCAGGUUAAUGUCACACGAGAUUCCACAGAUUAUUUGUGGUAUAUGACAGAUGUGAACAUUGAUCAGAAUGAAGGUUUUAUAAAGAAUGGAAAAUAUCCUCUUCUUACAAUAAAUUCAGCAGGCCAUGUUAUGCAUGUUUUUAUUAACGGUCAACUUUCAGGUACUGUGUAUGGAUCAUUGAAGUAUCCUAAAUUGACAUUUAGUAAAAAUGUUAAGCUAAAUGUUGGAAAUAAUAAGAUAUCUUUGCUUAGUAUUACUGUCGGUCUCCCAAAUGUCGGCGUGCACUUUGAAACAUGGAAUGCUGGGGUGUUAGGCCCGGUCACACUCGGGGGUCUAAACGAAGGGACUAGAGACCUGUCUCGACAGAAAUGGUCUUACAAGGUUGGUCUCAAGGGUGAAGCCUUACAACUUUACACUGAAAGUGGAAGUAAAUCAGUAAGUUGGGUAGAAGGAUCAUCAUUAGGUAAAGGACAACCUUUGACAUGGUACAAGACAACUUUUAGCACGCCAAAAGGAAAUGAUCCAUUAGCUCUAGAUAUGAGUACUAUGGGAAAGGGUCAAGUAUGGAUAAACGGUCGGAACAUCGGACGUCAUUGGCCCGGAUAUAAAGCGCGUGAGGAAUGUGGCGAUUGUUAUUAUGCCGGAACUUAUACAGAAACAAAAUGUCGGACGAAUUGUGGACAACCCUCCCAAAAAUGGUACCAUGUUCCCAGGUCAUGGUUGAGGUCAAGUGAGAACUAUUUGGUUGUGUUUGAAGAAUGGGGAGGUGACCCUACUGGAAUAUCUUUGGUGAAAAGAACAACCUAA